UCCAUCACUGACCAACGUAUAGAUCCUGGUGUCAGGAGUGUGUUGCACCCUGUGACAGAGCAGCUGAUGGAAUAUAUGAUAUCAUGAUGACCUGAUACUGUAGUUUAUUGAUCUUUGCGAGGCAGCCGUGGAAGGAAAACAAACCUUUAGGAGUCAUUAAAUGCACAUACAUUAGCUGCUGUUUCAUUAAAGCUCUUAAACACACUGGUAUUUCAUCUCUUCAUUCGUGCAUUUGAUGCCCCUAGUUUGCGUCAUUGCAUAACAGCAUUUCUUUAGCCCACCAGAGAGGGGCACCAGCCUCUCCUCUCUCCCUCCCUCUCUCUCUCUCUCUCUCUCUCUCUCUCUGUCUCCUAGAGAGGAGGAGGACAGUCUGGGCAGGGAGGUGUGGAGGGAGAGGAGAGGAGAGGAGGGUUUGUCAUGGGAAGACCUCUCUCUGCCAUUUCAUAGAGAAGGAGCCGACUUCAGCCACAGCAACAACAAACAGAUGUAAAAAGAAAAACCAAAUACCUCACAACUAUGUGACUGGGUCAGAGAUCAAAGGAAACCGCUCAUCCCGCUGAAUCUGUACCAGAGAAAGUCCGAGGGAUGAACAGCAUGCUUCCUCAGAGGAGUGCAGUCUCCACACUGAGCUACGGCUCGGAAGAAGCUUCACCACUUGAUCGAGCCAGUGUUUGUCCUGGGCUCAGAACUCUUCUCGUUUUUCCAGACUGUGUGAAGAUUGAGCACGGCAGCAGUGGCUCAGUGGGCGGGACGUUGCUGAGGGGUUCGCGUUCCAAAGCAGAGCUGCAGGAACUGAUGGAGACGCUGCAGCGCAGGAAGAGCGCCCUGGAGGCCAGUCUGAGGGCAGCCGAGUGCAGCCGCACGUACCUGAGUGUGCCGUCACCUGUUGGACCCCAGUCCACCAGGACACUGUCCAUCAUCAGCAGUAGUGACCGCCCUCCGCCUGCCUCUAGAAACUUCUCCUACAUGACCAGCAGCAGUGUGCCUCCAUCACCACGUCAGAGCGAUCGCCAGCUGAGCCCUAGCGGCUUUGCCCGCCAUUCCCACUCUCGCCACCAGUCACAAGACAGUCUGCUCCAUCCUAAUCCAGCAGAUGGCAACUCUCUUCUCUCCUCUUAUGGGGAUGCUCUACCUCGUUCCCCCAGGGUGAAAGGUGGAGCAGCCAGUGUGCCGUCCAGCCCUCGCAUGGGCCGCAGGCCCUACUCUCAGGGCAGAGCCGGAGGAGAUGCCCGGCAGAGGAAGUACUCCACCGGCUCCCUCAACAGCCUGGGCUUGCAUAGUCGUUCGCUGCCACGUCUUCACAACGCGGCAGACCCACCUGCUCUGUCGCUUCCAUUGCGUCACUCAGUGGGGUCACACAGAGGAGUGGGUUCAGCAGUGGCACGGCGCAGUCUCUCCUCCCUGGAGCAGCCACCAGAUGUGACCGUCCCUGCCAGCAUGCCCAGCACUCCUAGGAGAGCCAGUCUGGCCUCUCUAAGCUCUCUGGGGGUCGAUAUUGAUGGGACAGGCUUAGAUCUGGGCUUCGGAGAGAGGAGGUUGUCCUUUGGGAAAGGCGGCUUGAGUCCAGGUCAGAGAGUGAGCAGCAUAAGUUCUUUGAAUGGCAAAGAAGAGCUGAGGGACUAUCACCAGCACCAGAGAGAUGAGCGACUCAGGGAGCAGAAGGUGCAGAGAUUGGAAAGUCAGCGUCUCGAGACCAUUUUGAACCUGUGCACUGAGAUGGGUCACGUGGAGAAAGAGCCAGCGGUCUCGGCUGUUUCUGACCUGCAGAAGAUCAAUAAGGAGCUGGAGAAGCUGCAGGUGUCAGACGAGGACUCUGUGUUUUCAGACUCUCCCGGCAGCGUGACUCAGGAGAGCUGCUUCGGAGCCAAAGCCAGAGAUUUUCAUUUGUCUGAUGAGCAGCAGGUGAGCCAGCAUCAGCAGAGCGGCUAUAGAGAGGCAAGGUCCCAUUCACCGGCCGUCAGCCUGAACAGCAGCGCUCCCUCACCCUCCACCCACCAUAGAGUCAAAGCGUUGGAGAGCAUGCAGCUGAAACAGGAGGUAACACAUAUAGAGGAAGAGAGGAUCCAAGUGGUCAACAACAUAGAAGAGCUGGAGCAGAAGAUCAAAGAUCUGGACAACCAGAUGGAGGAGUCUGUGCGGGAGAUGGAGGUGGAGUGUGCUCUGCUGGAGGGGGAACAGGAGUCGGAGAUCAGCCAGCUUCAGAGGGAGAAGGAGCUUCUGGACCAGCUGAAGGCAAAGCUUCACAGUAUUGAGAAGACGAGCCACGCGGAGAAGUCGCAGGAGGCUAAGGAGCAGACGAAAAGUUUGGAGGAUCUGGAAUUUCAGAAGCUGGAGAGACAAAUUAAUCAGGAUGAGGAAAAAGAGACUCAGCGCCAAGAACUACUGCGGGAGAUCGCCGAGUAUCAGCGUCUUACCGUCACACGCAAGGAGAGGCUCAUGGCGCUGAAGAAACAGUCCUCACAGAUCACCUCACAGACUCAACAAGAGAGAGAGAACUUCCAGAGAGAGAAAAGCAAUUUGCUCGUCAUGCUGCAGAAGGAGAGAGACAAGCUGGUGUCGUUGGAGGGGAAGUAUGCAGAGCUGUCUGAGGGACAGACUUUCACUCACAUACCCAUAGCCAUCAAAGAGCACUUACACUCUCUGAAGGAAAGGAGAAGAAGCAGCAAAGAAACCCCUCCCCACCCGAGUGACAGCCUACCUCAUAAGAGGAGCCAGCAGCAGCUCCCCACCCCUUAUGGCAGAUCUCUGGGACGCACCCUUCCUCCCAAGACUCACCUGCCUCUGGCCCAAAGCUCCAGCUGUGGCAGCGUCAUCCCACAAGGCUUCAGCUUCUCUGUCCGAGACCUGAACGCCCGUCGCCUGCCCAAGAGUAACAGCCAUGCACUCAUGACUGAGGACAGACAGAAAAGAAAUGAUUUUUGCAGCAGGAUGGUUUCUGAGGCCAGCGUGUUCCUAGACACCUUCUCUUACCCAGACAACAGCCAGGCCUCAGAUACGGUCAGUGUGGACAGUUCGGACAGUCUGGAGACCAGCUUCUCCGCCUGCUCCCCAGACAACAUAUCCAGUGCUAGCACCAACAAUAUGGCCAAGAUUGAGGAGAUGGAGCGUCUCCUCCGAGAGGCCCAGGCUGACAAGCUGAGGCUCCUCGAGCAUCGGGAGAGGGAGAUGGAGAUGCGCAGACAAGCUCUGGAGGAGGAACGAAGGAGGAGGGAGGAACUCGAGAAACGCCUGCAGGAGGAGACAUGCAGGAGACAGAAGCUUGUGGAGAGAGAGGUGAAGCUCAGGGAGAAACAAAGAUCACAGUCUCGGCUGUUGACGCGUUACCUACCUGUGAGGAAAGAUGACUUUGACCUUCAUGGACACAUUGAGGCAGCAGGACACAACCCAGACGCCUGCUUCCACCUCGCCAUCACCGACAAAACCUGUCGAGGCUUCCUGGUUAAGAUGGGCGGCAAAAUAAAGACCUGGAAGAAACGCUGGUUUGUCUUUGACCAGAAUCGCAGGACGCUCACCUACUAUGCAGACAAACAUGAGACCAAGAUGAAGGGAGUCAUUUAUUUCCAGGCCAUAGAAGAGGUGUACUACGACCAUUUAAAGAGCGCACACAAAAGCCCCAACCCCUCGCUGACGUUCAGUGUGAAGACACAUGACCGGGUGUACUACAUGGUGGCUCCGUCCCCUGAAGCCAUGCGUAUCUGGAUGGAUGUUAUAGUGACAGGUGCUGAAGGACACAUGCAUUUCAUGGUGUAAACACAUCAGAAUCCACACCACAACGGAAUUCUGCACAUAUCAGAUGAUGAAAAUAGUUUAAUAAUGAGCGUGUUGUGAAGAGCUAGCACAAAAAUCCCAACAACUUCUGUUUACACUUGUAGCAUUUAAAAACGUAUGCCCAGAAGCACAUCGCAUCACUUUUUACAAAUUAAAAAAAAUGAUAUACAGGUUUAGUAAUUAAGCUAUAUUCUUAUUUUUCUGUGUUCCGUCUUUCUUUCUCCUCCUUCCUGGUUAAUUUAAGCUUUUAAGUGUGCAGUCACUUGAUUGUAUAAACUGUAUAUUUACAGGAGCUAGGGGAGGCUGCAACUUAACAUCUUUUGCCUUUUCUCCAACACAUUAGUAGGUGAAGAAUGAUGUGAGGGAUAUUCAGCUGCAACUCGAAACUCUACACUUUUUAAGUAAAGUUAGAGUGCCUGCUUUUUAUUAGAAGUCUACAGGCUUAUUGGAGUGCCUGCUCAGCAAUGCGGAGCAAUGAGAACUCCCUCACAAACAGACUGUAUCGUCAGCCGUUCUUGAAAUACGACAACUUUAAAGCGCGUUACGUUCUCCGUUUUUCACUGGUUAUGGACAGUUAGAGACAGGUGUUUGGAAAGGGGAGGGGCUUGUCCAACCGGCUGCAAGAGUCAGUCGCUCUCUAAGUUUUAAAGGUUGAUUCCACAAAAAUACUACUUCAAAUUUCAAAAGGUUCAAUCCGCCCAAAUCAGGAACAAUCAGAAUUUUCUAGUUUACAUUGAUGCCGCUUCUCUUCUCUUCUCUUGCAAGACUGCACAUUUGUGUGUUAAUCCAGAUUUAUUAUUUCUAUAUUGUCACCAAUAUUCAAAUGUAAAUAGUGUGGGUAUUACGUUAUUUCAUAUUUGAACUGAAAGGUUUUGACUGCUGCUGCCAGACUACAAGCAUAAGCUGGUCUUGUCUGCUUAUUUAAAGCAGUGCUGAAUGUCCUUCAUUAGCGUUUCCUUUCUCUCUUUGCACCAUUCUGACUCCAGUGAGCCUCGAUUUGUGCUUUUCUCUACAUGUGUAAACUCAGUUUGUGACCGUUUUUUUGUUAUUUUAUUUAGUUUAAUUUGUAAUAAUUGCAGACAAAUGUUCUACUCAGUGAAGUAGAGAAAUGUUCCAUAUUACAAUUGUAUCGCAAUUUAAGAAUUUAAAACUGUGCAACUAGCGCCCUCUAUCUGCAGUCAAGUGAGGUUGCAGCUCUGACAAAACAAGGUGGUGUUAUGCCGCAUCACACGCUGCAUCACAGCAGUAUGUGUUCACCAGCAGAGGUCCUUAGUGGAGAGAGAUUGCACUGCAAUGAUGUAAUGCUCUGAAUGAUUGGUCACUUGAAAGAAAAGAGCCACGGUCGUCCACAUUUGUAAUGCUUUUAUAUCAAAUAUAUGCAUUUAUUAGCACGUCUUUUAAACACAUUUUAACAUUUGCUUUUUGAAAGCAAAACAAAAAUCAUGUGUAGGAUCUCCACCAUAAAAUUAUUUUUAUAUAUAUAUUAUUUUUUUUAUGUGUUUGGAAUCCAUGCAUUUUUUUUAUAUUUUAUUUUUGCAACAGUCUCACUUUAUUUGACAUUGACAAAUCACUUCAAUGCUGUGCGUUGGUUCACUCAGUCCGACCCGCUCUCCUGCAGUUCACACAUGUAUCUGUCAGGUUAACAUCUCAUCCAAAGCCGCCUCCCACUGUGUGAAACACAAGCCUUACAACCAAACAAAUGACCACAUUUAAGUAUAUAUUUUUAGAACAUUUCAUUUUUAUAUUUUGUAUAUGAACAAUUCUGAUUUUGACUGACACUUUGCGACAGGUUUUUUAUACUCAACAUGUGUCAUGAAUAAAUCAUUUGGAUUACCAGUCA